UCAGCUAUCACUGAAGGAGGAAGAACUGAUAAAGGUGAAAUGUGAAUUAAAAGAUAGCAUGGCACGAGAAGGAAAUUCUUCAAAACUGAUACAGUCACUGGAAAAUCAGCUUGAAUCCUCCAGCUCUGAAAACAGUGAACAAGCAGGUCAUAUAAGUGUUUUGAAAAGGGAAAAGCAGUCACUAGAAAAAGAAUUGACAAGUUGUAAAAAGGAAAUCGCCAAUCUGAAGAAGGAUUUGGAGAAGAAUGCAAGGAAGGCAACAGGAAUUGAGAAUGAUCUGCUUAAAACCAUUGAAGAAAACAAAGAAAUAUGGAGCAUGAAUGAAACUCUUAAAAAGGCAGUAGAAGAGAAGAAUGAAGAAAUAAUGAAGAUUAAGGAUGAGACAGCAAAAAUGAGUGAUGAGUUCGAGUCAGCACUAGACAACAGAUCAAAAGAAUCUUCAGAUUUGGAAUCAAGGCUCAAGUCUUCUCGAGAUGAUCUUGUCAAGAAAAACAAACAUAUAAAAGAACUAGAGAAAGAGAUAAAAAAUCUGAAAUCUAAGCUGACCACACAAACCAAACUCAAUAGCACAUUUGAAGGAGAAAUUGCAAAAAAGAAUGAAGCAAUUAAAACCACUGAAGAAGAAAAAGUUUUGUUAAAAGCAGACUUGGAAAAUGUUCAAAAAGAGAUGCUGUGGAUGAAAGAAGGAUUUGAAAAUAUGAAGCAAGAAUGUGAGGAGCUAAAGAAGACAACAAAUGAUGCCAUUAAAGAUAAAAAAGUUGCUCAAAUGGAUUUUGAUAGGCAGCUUAAAGAAAUGAUGGGAACCUUAGAAAAAUACCAAAAAGAUAAUGAAAAAAUCAUUACCAAAAAGGACAAAGAAAUAGGACAGCUCAAGCAGAAGAUGCAGAAACAGCAAGAUACUAAAAAACAGGAACAGUUGGACUUAAAAGAAAUAAACAAAGCCCUUGAAGAUACCAGGAAGCAACUGGAUGCUGUUGAAGAGGAAAAGCAAAAAUUCAUGAAGGCAGCUGAAGAACAGACAAUAGAAAUUAAGUGCUUAGCAGAUAAUGUCAGAGAAAAGAAAACAGAAAUACAAACUUUGCAGACCACUAUCAAAGAUUUACAACAAGAGUUGGAGAAACUGAAAGAGCCAAGUCUUAUUGAAGUUAUGGAUGCAUCUAUACCUGUGGUGCCCCAAACACCAAAAGUUCCAAAAAUUGUGGAUAGUGUUACUAACAUGGCAAAAACUCCAAAGCCCACCGUAACACCUCGAAAGGGCAUUCAGAUUGUCCCAGCAACACUCACUCCUAAGAAAAGCUCUGUAAAACCAGGAAGUGGUGGAUCUAAAAGAAAAGUUAUUUUUGCUUCAGAGGAGGAUGAUAGAGGAUCAUCUUCAGAUUCCUCAACCUCAGAACUUAUGGAAUUAGAGGUGAUAUACAAGUAUACGUAUUUUGGAUGUGACCAUGAAAUAGACAAGGAAAUCGCACAGCAGGAAGCACUACCUGGAGUGCAAAUCCUCGAUAACCCCAUCACAAUAAGUGAAGUGAAAAAUGCAAUAAAGAAACUUAAGAAUGGAAAAGCCCCAGGUGAAGAUGUGAUCUCCAAUGAAAUGUUGAAAACAGGCGGACAUCUCAGGCGGGAUCAAACUCUCGAUAAGCUUCAGAGAAGGUACUAUUGGCGUAAUAUGGUCGAGGAUGUUAGAACAUUCAUAGCCUGCUGCGCAAUUUGCCAGAUGGCAACACACAAAAAUAAACAAUCUGAUCCACCUCUUCAACCAAUACCAGUCACAACGCCAGAAGCCUGGAAUAUGAUUGGAAUAGAUUUGAUUGGCCCGCUGAAGGAGACCACUAAUAACAAUUUGUACAUCUGCACUGUGGCUUGUUACUAUUCAAAGAUGGCACAUGUCCGUUCAUUGCAAUCUAAAGAGGCAACUGGUGUUGCAAAUUUUUUGCUUGAUUUGUUUUUGGUAGAUCCUAUUCUCCCCUCUGAUAUCAACAGACAAGAUGACGAACAACACGUUGAGCCAACUGAGGAAGACUAUGAGGAUAUCACUGAAAGAGUUACAAGAGUGAGAUCGUCUGUUGGGAAUGAGGAUAUAAAAAACAUACAAAAAGCGCAGGACAGACAAAAGAAAAAUUAUGAUGCACGUCUUAAAACGCAAAAGGGAUUAAGGGUGAAGCUUGAUACAGCAAUGUCAGUGAUCACUGCUACAGCAGUAUUGCACAACAUAGCAAUCGAUCUGAAAGAGCAAGAUUUCGGUGAAGAGGAGGAGGAACAAGAAAACCUGAUCAAUCUUAAUGAUGAUGAUGAUGUCAUGGGUACUGCCGUCAGACAAACAAUUGUUGAACAGUAUUUUCAAUAG